GACAGUGCUUACAACGCCAGAGACCCGGGUUGGAUCCCGACUACAGGUGCUGUCUGCAUUGUUUGUAUAUUCUCUCCCUGACUGCAUGUGCUUUCUCCGAGAUCUUCGGUUUCCUCCCACACUCCAAUGACGUACGGGUUUGUAGGUUAAUUGGCUUGGUUUAAACGUAAAUUGUACCUAGGUCAGUGUUAAUAUGCGGGGAUCACAGGUCGGUGCGGACUCGGUGGGUCGAUGGGCCUGUUUCCGCGCUAUAUUUCUAAAGUAAAAAAUAUACUAAACUAUCUGAUGUAUUGUAUUGUAUUGUAUUGUAUUCAAAUUUAUUGUCAUUGUCUCAAUUAGAGACAACGAAAUGAAUUUCCCUUUACAGUCAGUAUCAUAAAAAUGAAAUAAAUAAUAAAUAUUAAAACAUAUUAAAAAAAAAAAAUAGAAUUUAAAAAAAAGCACAAACACAGAAAGUCCACGACACAACACAACACAGUGGCACCAAGGUGAGGAAGGCACCAUUGUCCAGCCAGCCUCCCCUCCGAUCUUCCCAGAUGUUCAUCCGUGGUCGGGGCCUUCCGAGCACCCGCAGUCGCCGCCCCGGAUGGCCCGAUGUUCAGGCCCUCACGCCGGGCUAGUGGAACGCCGACGCCGAUCCCCGACGGUGAACAUCCUCCCCCUCAGCAUUGUCCGUGCCUCCUCCUCAGCGGCCCGGACCUCCAGAUCAGCCGCCUCCCGCAGCCGGAGUCCGCAGCUCCCGAUGAGCAGCAACUCGAGUGAAACAGCAUCAUGUCUGGUCGAGGGAAAGGAGGCAAAGGAUUAGGAAAAGGCGGAGCAAAGCGGCACCGCAAAGUGCUUCGCGAUAACAUCCAGGGCAUCACCAAGCCAGCUAUCCGCCGCCUGGCCCGGCGUGGUGGGGUUAAGCGGAUCUCGGGUUUGAUCUACGAGGAGACCCGCGGGGUGUUGAAGGUUUUCCUGGAGAAUGUGAUCAGGGACGUGGUCACCUACACCGAGCACGCCAAGCGCAAGACGGUCACUGCCAUGGAUGUGGUGUACGCUUUGAAACGACAGGGCCGCACUCUCUACGGCUUCGGCGGCUAAAUAACUACCCCCUUUAUUCCAACACGAAACGAGCAGGCAUCUCUGUCAAGGCACAAAAAUCUGUGGGCUGGGAGAGUUGUGAAGCCAUCAAAGAAAGUGAGGGAUAGGACAGUUUUCCACUCGAGCACCCCCAAACAAAGAAGAUUGCAAAAUGUGAUGAACACUGCCCAGUCCAUCAUGGAUACUGACCUCCCCACCAUUGCAGGGAUCUACUGGAGUCGCUGCCUCAAAAUGGUAGCCAGCAUUAUCAGAGACCCACACCACAGUGGCCACACUCUCAUUUCACUCCUGCCAUCGAGAAGAAAGUAUGGGGGCCUGAAAACUGUAAUGUCCAGUUUCAGGAGCAGCUUCUUCCCUACAGCCAUCAGGCUAUUAAACACUACAACCUCCGAAUAAGCUUCAGACUACAUAUAUAUAGACACACAGACACAUAGUUGAGUUUAGUUUAGAGAUACAGCGCAGGAAAAGGCCCUUCAGCUCACUGAGUCCUCACCGACCAACGAUCCCCACACGUUAACAGUAACUACACACACUAAGUACAAUUUACAUUUACACCAAGCCAAUUAGCCUACAAACCUGUACUUCUGCUGCAGUUGUACAGGGUCUUGGUGAGACCACACCUGGAGUAUUGCGUACAGUUUUGGUCUCCAAAUUUGAGGAGGGACAUUAUUGCCAUAGAGGGAGUGCAGAGACGGUUCACCAGACUGAUUCCUGGGAUGUCAGGACUGUCUUAUAAAGAAAGACUGGAUAGACUUGGUUUAUACUCUCUAGAAUUUAGGAGAUUGAGAGGGGAUCUUAUAGAAACUUACAAAAUUCUUAAGGGGUUGGACAGGCUAGAUGCAGGAAGAUUGUUCCCAAUGUUGGGGAAGUCCAGGACAAGGGGUCACAGCUUAAGGAUAAGGGGGAAAUCCUUUAAAACCGAGAUGAGAAGAACUUUUUUUCAACCAGAGAGUGGUCAAUCUCUGGAACUCUCUG